UUUGGUUUCCUUUUUGACAUCGAUGGUGUCCUGGUGCGAGGAAAGACUCCAAUUCCUGCCUUUCAAAAGCUUGUUAAUUCUCAGGGCCAAUUCUUGGUGCCUGUAGUAUUUGUCACCAAUGCAGGGAAUUGCCUUCGCCAGGAAAAAGCUGAUCAGUUGUCUCAGCUGCUGGGAGUUCCAAUUUCCCAAGAUCAAGUGAUGAUGUCACACAGUCCCCUGCGGAUGUUCAAGCAUUACCAUGAAAAAUGUGUUCUUGUGUCUGGACAAGGACCCCUUCUUGAUAUUGCUCAAGACCUGGGUUUCUGCCAGCCCAUUACCAUUGAAACCUUGCGGGAGAAACACCCUUUGCUAGAUGUAGUUGAUCAUGACAGGAGACCUGAUGUUCUGGAUCCCUCUGCUGUGGAGCUUCCCAAGAUUGAGGCUGUUGUUUUGUUUGGGGAGCCAGUCAGAUGGGAAACCAACCUCCAGCUGAUCAUAGACGUUUUGCUGACAAGUGGCUACCCUGGAAAUCCAUAUCACCAUGAAAAUUAUCCUCAUAUUCCAGUACUUGCUUGUAACAUGGAUCUGAUGUGGGUGGCUGAAGCUCAGUCUCCAAGGUUCGGGCACGGCACAUUCAUGGUUUGUUUGGAGAACAUUUACAAGAAGAUCACGGGCAAAGACCUGAAAUACGAGGCCUUGAUGGGCAAGCCCAGCCAAGUGACCUACCAGUUUGCAGAGCAGCUCCUGAGGGCACAGGCAGCCCGGCGCCGCUGGGGACAGCCCAUCCACACCCUCUAUGCUGUCGGAGAUAAUCUCAUGACUGAUGUCUACGGUGCCAACCUUUACAACCGCUACCUUGAAGAGAACUCCAGGAAAGGUUCAAAGUCACGGGUUCAGGCCCAGGCUGCUGCUGGCAGAGGAUCUGCCUCUCUCUCUCAGGCCAGUGAAAUAGACAACAGCUGGGAGAAUGAAUUGGCUUCUGCAGCUGCUGCCCACUGUAGGUCCAUUCUUGUUUGUACUGGGGUUUACAACCCUCACACAGAGGUGCCCCUGGAUACCAGGGAGAGAAUAACUGAAACUGUUUUCCAUGGCCACAGAGAUUUUAGAUUUGACCCUGGUUUAGUAGAACCAGAUCAUAUCGUACCAGAUGUUGAUGCUGCUGUAGACCUGGUCUUCCAGCUGGAGAACUUUGCACCUAAUUGA